UUAUUGAUACAUAAAGACAUUAUUGCCCUCCUUUGAAUGAAUACAAUAAUUUCACAACUGCCUUUUCCGGCUUAGCUUUAAAAAUUAAACUGACCUCAGAAAAUAUGUUUCCUCGCCGAAUAUUAACAAUGGAUACACCGCGUUGUGAACGGAAAUGGCUUCUGUUAUUUUACAACAUGUUAUUACAUAUAUUUUACGAGGGCUCCUAAGUCUAUAAACCAUUUUACUAGCAUUGAGGGUAUCAGGACGAUAUUACAAGACUUUUCUCAAACAUUAAGAUACGGCGAAUCCGUGUUGGUGGACUGUGGGGGGGUGAAAGUGUCUUAUUCCUUUUUUGAACUGCUGGUAUGUUGCAAUAUCCCGCAGCCACUCGCACAUGAGAAACAGAAAAAACAAACAUUUGCAUUCAUUUGAGCGAUUGUUUUCCCCCUCCAGUCACAUCUGAUGUGGCUUUUUAUUAUUUGUGAAAUGAAAAGCUAAAUUAAACCUGACAACAACACACACAAAAAAGCAGGGCAAGGGCUGGAUUGAUUUACUCGCUGUAUUGGUAAAUAUGACCACGUGAUCCAUGUAACCAAUCCCUGUAGAUGCAGGCCAGCAAAAAUACUACGAUUGUUCACAGAGGGAAGCUUCCCCUAACAGUGCAACCCUUAUUAUAUGAGUAGGAAGAGAUCAAAAAUGUCUUCCAGUGGCACUCUCAGCAACUGCUAUGUGGACGCUAUAAUGGGGCAGGAGCCGGAGGAUGUGUACGGUGCUCGCUUUAUUCAGGCUCCACACAUGGUGACCCCGAGGCCGUCAGGUGCUGGGGACAACGCAGACUUCUCCUCUUGCAAUUUUGCACCAAAGUCCGCCGUUUUCUCCUCGUCUUGGUCCUCGGUUCACCCGCAAGGGAUUUAUCAUCCGUACGUGCACCACCACCACCAGUCCCAUCUCCCAGCCUCGGACGGCAGAUAUGUAGGCGUCCGCUCCUGGAUGGACCCCAUCUCCAACCACGUUUCGUUCGCCGGAUUUCACUCCAGCACUCGGCCGUACGGGACAAAGCCAGAGGUCUUCCCACCGAAAGCUGCGGAGUGCGACGCUUUGGAAGCGGAGGCUCGGCCGUUCGCCGGUGAAUUCGCGUGUGGAGUCUCGGAGAGUGCAGAAAAGGCGACCAAAGGGCACAGUGGAAGUGAGCUUUCGAGCCACAGCGAGCCAAAAGAGGAGAAACAACAACAACUUGACCCAAACAACCCUGCAGCAAACUGGAUUCACGCACGCUCAACUAGAAAGAAGCGAUGCCCAUACACAAAAUAUCAGACUUUGGAGCUGGAGAAGGAGUUCCUCUACAACAUGUAUUUGACAAGAGACCGACGUUAUGAAGUCGCCCGCAUACUCAGUUUAACCGAGAGACAAGUUAAGAUCUGGUUCCAGAACAGGAGGAUGAAAAUGAAGAAGAUGAACAGAGAGAGGAGUAGCAAGGAUCACCUAUGAAACCACUGCUGGCCAUUUCACACGUUUUAAUGUUUGCACCAAGGAAGCCAUCUGAACAAUUACAUUUAUUUUGGUAGGAGCCUAGGUAGACAUUUUAUUUUUAUUUUUAGCCCCACUAGGUAACGCAAUGCGUCAGUAUCCAAAUCACAUUUGCGGGAAUUUGUCUUCAUGAGAUAAAGACUGGAUCCCUCUCUUCUUUUAGAGAGUUCGAUCUGACAUGUUCUGUUUUACUAUUUAACCAAAUACACACACUGGGAUGUUAAAGCAUUUUUUUUUGUUAAGCAUCCCCCGUCAGUUGGAAACGUGCCUAUGUUUAGCCUAUUGCUUUUAGAGCUGUUAAGAAAUUGGAGUUGUAUAUAAAACAUUUUCACAGCUUAAA